AAAAAACUUGUGUUUUAAGGUAUUUUAGUUAAAAAAGGAACCAAAUAUGGCUUUCCUUUGCCCUGUGCGUAUGCGGCGCGACAAGAAGAAAGCCACAAAUGCCAGCAUAGAACGAGAUCUUCCCGCUGUGGGUGGCUUGGGAAUGGGACGCAUAACUGGCUCAUCUAGCAUUGAAACCUUAGUAAGAGUAGGAAUCGAAAAGGAACACGGUUUAAGUCCCGAUUCUAAGAUGGUAGUACUGCAUGACUUUACACCCUGUGUGGAUGAUGAACUGGAAGUUAAAAGAGGUCAGCUGGUUAAUAUUCUGUACAGAGAGAACGACUGGGUCUAUGUGAUUGGGCAGGACUCUCGCCAGGAAGGUUUCAUUCCAUUCUCCUAUUGUGCUCCAUGCAAUACUCAGUUGGCGGAUCUGGCCGUAAAGAAGAAACUUCCUCGAGAUCAAUGUCCCGACCAGCCGCAAGAUGAAAAUCUACCACUCCUGGGCGCAGACAAUAAACUGGAUGUGCUGUGUGAUGAAACCUUGAAUGCAGGGUCGGCGAAAAGCAUGGAGAAUAUUCUUCUUGUAGAGCCAGAGUGUACCCCAUUCAUUAAAGAACCUUCUGGCCGUUGCAUUGUUCUAUACACCUUCAUUGCACGCGACGAGAACGACCUGUCCGUGGAACGUGGCGAAUUCGUCACGGUUCUUAAUCGCGAGGAUCCCGACUGGUUUUGGAUAAUGCGAAGUGACGGCCAGGAGGGAUUUGUCCCGGCCAGCUUCAUUUACCCUGCCGACAGUGUGCGUGUCCUGCAGCAACAAAAAGCCACUCUGACAGCUGUCGAGAAUAUCCUGCAGCAGGGUCAACAAGGUCAGCAGAACCAGCAGCAACAACAGCAACUGGGAUUAGGAACAGAUGACCUACGCUAUCACGGAACGGAGCUUGUGAUGCUUUAUGAUUACAAAGCCCAAGCUCCAGAUGAUCUGUACCUUUCUGUGCGCCGUGGGGAUUGGAUAUACGCCGAUCUCAACAAUCAAACCGUAGAUGGAUGGCUUUGGGCGUAUGCUCCCAAGACCAGGAAGUAUGGAUUUAUUCCAAAGGCAUAUGCUCGACCGCCAGCCAUGACAAGCCUUUAAGAUGUCAACUUUACUUUAAUUUUUUUUAACAAAAUCGUAUUUGAUUUACUUUCAUUAUCUUAGCAUAACGAGGGAGACUGACCAGCCUCUAAGAUUGCCUUCCAUUGCCUUCAAAUUGUUUAGUAAAAUAGUGCCACUUUCAUUGUGUAAUAAA